GGCCAGGAGCGUGGCCCAUUGGUCCCGGCAGCCACUCGUAAAACAGCUCCAGCAACUGGAGGAGUGAAGAAGCCCCGCAGAUAUCGUCAUGGAACUGUUGCUCUCCGUGAAAUACGCAAGUAUCAGAAGGGGGCCGAGCUGCUGAUAAGGAAACUACCUUUUCAGAGGCUCGUGAGGGAGAUUGGUCAAGUUUUCAAGAGCCAUGCAGUGCUUGCUUUACAAGAGGCGGCAGAAGCAUAUCUCGUCAGACUGUUUGAGGACACCAAUCUUUGUGCGGUCCAUGCGAAGCGCGUGACCAUAAUGUCCAAAGACAUUCAUCUAGCUAGAAGGAUCCAUGGUGAGAGGUUCUAA